CGGCUGCGCAAGUCGGAAAAAAGACGACAAAGAAGAAACCCGGGAAGUAGAAACAAAAGAUGAUUACAUGAAUUGACUAACUGUUGUUUGUUUUUAACUUUGUGGGACGAUUUGAAUAUAGUGUCCAAAGAACAACAAUGCAAUGUUCAGGAAAUAUUUAAAUCAAUGCCCCGCAAAGUCUCAAAGACAGACAAGCCUGCCCUGACAUUCGUGGAGCGGCCUCUGGGUGGCGCCAGACGCCGACAUUUACCUGAAGUAAGAGCAGCAAUUAAUCCCAGGGAUUUUUUCAACGAGACACAGAAGCACAGCUCAACUCUUGAUUCAUGGGUGAAUCCACAGUUUGAUUGCUCAGCAGCGCCUCCUGUGAGACGUUGGAGGAGACGGUGCCAGUCCGCCACAAGCGUCCUCGACAAAUGCAGUCAGUUGCCCAGAAAAACCAGGGCGUGCAAAUUCCCCUCACUGUCAUUCCAGUCAGGGACGAGAGACAAGUCUCAAAAACCAAAGAGCACGGCCACAAAGAAAGGUGCAGAGGCGAUCGUGUUGUCUGAAGUUAGGAACCAACCUCAGGGAUCAUGCGAAAGUGAAAGAGGACGAUACUCGGAGUCAGACACAUUAAAGAAACUGUUUGGCUCGCUCAGACAAAGAAAUGCUGACCCAGUUUCUGAAGGUGCUGCAUCCCACAAAGAGUGUUCUGAUCAACCUGGAACUCAGUCAGCAGAAGUUACCAACAGAUGCAGAAUUCCAGCAGAGGGAGUCUCAACACCUUCCUCUGCAGAGCUGAACGCCACUGAGGUCAGCAAUGUCAACCCACCACCUGAAGCAGACACUCCAAAACCAAAGCAAAGUCCCUCCUGUUCCUCUGUACUUUUCCUACUAGCUCAGCCUUGUACACCACCAUGUAACAAGCCACCUGAUGUUUUGGUUGAAGACACACCAGAGGAGGAUUAUGGAGUUAAGGCAACAUGGAGGAGGAGAAAGGCGUUAAUGAUGAUGUUAAAGGAGAAGGGAUACCUAUCGGAGUCAGAUUCACGAACUCACAACUAAUGUUAUUUUGUAAAUUACAAAACUAGAUGCCAGUUUUUAUUUUUAUUUUUUGUUGUUGCCAUGCAUUGUUGUUCCUCAAGCCUUACUUAUAGCCUCAGUGUGCUUUUGAAAUUUCUAAUCAAAUCACAAUUAAACAGCCUCAUUUGAAUUUGAAUGGUUGCAAUGUUCAAAUGGUAUCGCAACAUUGCCGUGAUAAAAUAAUUAUGUUUAUUCAAACGGGACUUUUUAGGAAUCUACAUUUUCAUUAUAUUAAAUUAACAAAAUAUUGUAUUUUUGUUUGUUGUACACGUAUGUAAACACACAAUUAUAAAAAUCUAUAUGAAAAAUCUGUCACUAAACUUUGCAGAUAAUU